AUGAAGAUGGGGCCCGAGGAUGAUCCGGAGGCUUUUCUUGUCACCUUCGAGAGGGUGGCUGUCGUCGCAGGCUGGACCCCGGACCAGUGGGCCACCAUCCUGGCCCCAUACUUAACGGGGACUGCCCAGACGAUCUACCGAGGUCUGUCGGUGGAAGCGGCCCAGGACUACAACUUAGUGAAGGCCGCUAUUCUGGACGCACUGGACGUGAGCCCCGAGACCUAUCGACAACGGUUUAGGAGCCUGUCUUAUCCCCAGGGGGCCCGGCCGCGGAUGGUGGCUCAGGAACUACAGGAGACCUGCAAGAAGUGGCUACAGCCCGAACGCCGGACACCAGAAGAGCUGAUGGAACAAAUUGUAUUGGAACAAUUUGCCCAUGUACUUCCACCGAGGGGAAGAUCCUGGGUCCUAUGCCACAGGCCGACGACGGUGUCCGCGGCCGUUACCUUAAUGGAGGACUUCCUCGCGGCGGAGGCCCCGUUGGGGUCAGCUGGCCGGGCGGUCCCGGUCCAGACGGAGUGCCCCAACCCGGAAAAGAGGGGGCCGCCCCCACGGGCAGCCAUAAGUGUUCCCUCCCGCAGCGUAGAGGGCCGGGCCCGGGUGGCCGUGCCCUCCGGGAGACCCACACGGACCCCGGCGCCCACAGCCAGAGAGUACAGCCGGAAACCCCCCGGGGGUGAUCCCGGGGCCCGGGCGCGGACGGAGCGAGCCACCUUGGGGCCCCGCUUCUCCUGCGGAAACUACGGCCAUUUGCAGCGGGAUUGCCCUGAAAUGGAGUGUGCAUUUGGCCAAGUCUACUCAGGGGAAGGCCGUGCCCGACGUCCGCAAGUGGCCAAGAUCACCGUGCCCGUGGUCAUUGAGGGACGCCAGGCGGUGGCCCUCCUUGACUCAGGCUGCGGCCAAACGCUGGUCUGCCAGGACUUAGGCCCGCCGGCGGACGGCCACCUGGAGAAGAUUCCACUGCAGUGUAUCCACGGAGAUAUACGAGCCUACCCCAGCGCCCAGACCCAACUGACCAUUGAUGGGAUCACCCGGCGGAUGAAGGUGGGGCUUGCACCCCGGCUGGCGUACCCGGUGAUCCUGGGGCGGGACUGGCCCAACUUCACCACUGUAUUACGCCGCCACCUCGAGGGUAGCCCGCAGGCCACGCCGGCAUUAGAAGGGGAGACCCCCGUCCCUACCAGUUCCCCGGGAGGACGUGAAGACCCUCCCCGAGGGGGAAGAGGGGAUCCCUCGACACCCACACACUUUUGCCGGGACCAACGGGACGACCCCACAUUCAAACAGAUCUACGAGCAGCUGGCCUCCGUGGAUGGGACUAUUCUCGACCCCCAGUGA